AUGGGACCAUCUCUGAGAGAUCAUGGUUCCUUCGUGCGGCCAUCCACUCGGGACCGCCCAUCAACUCGCGGCGAGGGGGAAAAUUCGCUGGUCGUCCCCAGUCGCACAUCGUCAUUGCACUCUCGUAUCACCCAACCGAUUCCUUCUACUCUGAACAUCAAACCCGUCCAGAGAACUCCGAAAACCCUGACCCAUGCCUACAUGGUAUGUGGUGUGGGCCGUGAACCCUCCCAAUGGGUUAAGGCUCCUGCUCCAGAACAGGGAAAGAUUGGACACAUGAAAGGAGCAGUUGGUCAAUUCUGGCUUCCAGAGAUUCUGGGUAGUAGUCCCAGGUUAGAGCAGGACAAUGAGAUUGCCCGGGCCCUGCAUGCUGCUAUGCGGGCUUGUUUCCCCCAUGAUGUCGAGAUUUGCACAGGCAAGAGCCAGCCUCACUGUGCCCAUCACGCCUUCGUCUUACAGCAGGACUCUUCCCACACUCUGUACGGUAUCGCGCUGCGCGUCUGGUCCCGUGCUGAUGAGAAGCGUGCCGAGACCAUCCGUGAACUGCGCAAGAAGACCGAGCCCGACUUUUAUGACAACCCCGAUGAGACAUACUGGAUUCCUUACUGCUUGAGUUUCUUGUCCAGAUACCCAUUGUACGACUUGCUGGGCGAUUAUCUCCGUGGAAUGUGGAUUCAUUGGAACAAGGCUACCAACUUGUUCCACGCUGAAGAGGUCUCUCGUAUUCUGAGCUUCCCGGCUCCUCGCCUGAAUGACUUGGUUCGCAUCGACAUGAAGGAUUACGCUCUAUGCUACCAGUUCCCAUCUUCUCCAACUGGAUUCCAGAACUUCUCCAUGUGGCCCCUUUUCAACUGUCUUUCUAUCCCGAAUAUCGUCGGUGUGAUCGAGGCUGCUGUUUCGCCUACUCGCCGUAUCAUCUUUGUGUCUCACUACCCAGCGAUGCUGACCGUGGCUGCGGAGACAAUCCGUUACUGUGUUCGUGUCUACGAGUGGAGUGGUCUUUACGUUCCUGUGGUUCACGCCCGUCACGUUAAGGAGCUUGUUCAGGAACCUGGUCCUUACAUUCUGGGUAUCACUGCCGAGUGCCGAACUCUGUUUAACGCUCCCUCUGAUGCUCUUGUUGUGGACCUGGAUCGUAACUUUGUUUUGACUUCCAGCCCGCCCAACGUUCUGAACCAGGGCCAGCGCACCAAGUUCAUUAACCGAUUGACCCAGUCUCUCAAUGGCGAUGUCUCCCCCUCGGGUGUCCCAACUCACCUGCGCUCUGCCUACGCUGGUGGCAAGCUGAUCCCCGCUGGUCAGAUCAUUGUCAUGCGCGGCGAGGUUGAGAGUGUCCAGGACCCCAACUGGUGGAACCAGGAUGCUGUGAUGGGUGUGAUGGAUCACGUCUGUGAGAAGCUCGGUCGCAACACCGGAAUGAAGGCUAUCUUCGGUGGCUCUGUCAAGAAGCCUCUGAUGACCAAGGUUUCUAUGCGUCACCUCAACGAGAUUGUUCGCGAACGCAACCAGUACUCUCGCGAUGCUAUGGAGGCCUGGCAAGACUUUAUCAACCUCAAGGGACGUAUGGACACAGAGCUCAGCAAGGUUACCAAGCGCAACAACUUCCUUGUCGAGGAGCUCGAGACCUGGAAGCAGCAGUUCCUCAAGUUCCAGGCCUUUGCUGAGCAGCUCACCAAGGAAACCUCUGAACUCAAGGUCAAGAUUGAGAACCACAAGCGUGAGAACCGUCGUCUCACUGGUCUCAUUGACCAGCAGAAGGAUGAUGUCGCUCGUCUCACUCUGCGCCUGUCUGGUACUGAGAAGCAGCGUGAUGAUGCCCUUGAGGCUCUGGUCCUUCAACAGGAGAUUGCUGAGGAGCUGGAGCGUGAGCGCAAGCGCAACCAGAAGGAGAUUUCCGCUCUGUCGCACACUAACUCCACCCUUGGCCGUCAGCGUGAUGAGGCUCAGCGCGUGGUUCUGCACCUGCGGAGCCUCAUCAACGGCCAGAGCCACCACAUGGAGCACAUCGUUCGCUCAAUUGGUAGCGCUUCUGAAAUUACUGAGAUGGUCGAGCAGGGUUACGAAGACGCGGCCGAAGAUUCCUCCGACAACAGGAGCGUGAAGAGUGCGGAGGUUACUGUGAAGGAGAAGUCGUCUAUCAAGGAGAUCAGUCAAAAACCAUCGGUAAAUCAUAUGAGCCCCGAGCUAGAGCAGCAUUUGCUGAACCUCGGCAAGGAUCACAAGACCCUUGCUCGUCUGAGCAUCACAGAUGUCGCGGACCGUUACCUUCGUGACAAGACAGAUGCUAUCGCCGACAUCAUCCGUAGCAUCAGCGACCAGUGCGCCGCCGCCGUCGAAGGUCUUCACCUCGCCCAGGACGCCGAGGACGACGAGGCCGAAUCCUCUCACAAGAUUCACCACCACCACAACCAGCGACACAGUGCACAGCACCUGGGUUCUGAAUACGACGAGGGCCGCACCACCCGUGCUACCAGCGAAAUCAGCGACGUCGACAACAACUCCUUGCACCCAGAUAACCGUCACUCCAGCAUCCCCCCCACCCCUGAUCUGGUCCACAACCGUUCCAGCACCUCAAUGUCCAUGGUCAGCAGCUCCACUUUCCCCGAGCGAUCCAGCCAACAAUAUGGUCCUGGUGAUAUCCCAACCCGGAUUGUGGAGGAUGACGAUGAGCACGGCCACGAGACCGAUGGUAUGGAUGACCAGCAGACUGAAACUGGUACUCUGUCCAAGCAGGCCAGUGAAGACCUCAUGCGGCCCCAGACAGCCCGUGUGAUCUCGUAG